AUGAACAUCAACAAUUCUUUACAAAAUGAUAACUCUGAUAGUGAAGAACGCAAUCAACAACAGCAACAACAACAACAAAAUCAACAAAAUCAACCUCCCCAACAUUUUCAACAACAACAACAACAACAACAACAACAACAACAACAACAACAACAACAAAAUCCAUUCGGUCCUUUGAAUAUUGUACCACAAUCCCAAUAUAACCUGAUGAAUAUACCACCACCACUCCCCAAUAUAUCAAAUACGUUUAAUCAGCAUAGAUCUUCAUCGUCUGCAACUUCAGGAUCCAACUCAAGCUUGACCAAUCAAUUCAAUCCAUCUUUUCUUUCUUCAUCAGCAGGAAGCACACAACUAGCUACGUUGGAUGCUCCACAAAUUUCAGAUAUAGACACUAGAAAGUCAUCAGAAGAUUCAACAUCUGCCUCAUAUGUUCAGCUAGCUAGAAGACGAAGAUCAAGUAAAUCUAAAGAUAAACAACAACAGAGAAAACCGUCAGCUAUAACAAGACCUCAAGGACGUCCAUUAUCCAAAGAGACGAGAGUUAGAUUGACGCUGGUUCCAACUUUGGGUAUAUUAUAUUCAAUUCUUGUGUCUGAUACCAUGAGAAAAACUUUGAAAGUUUUACAAUAUUCAAAUGAAGACGAUAGUGUAUAUCUCACAAAUGAAGAACUAUCAACAAGAAAUGUGAUCUCUGGAUUUUCAUCAUUAUUGAAUGUGAAAGUUGCAAGGUUUAGUGAAGAUGGAAGUUCUAGUCCUGAAAAAACCAAUAUACCAAAAUUUGCAGAUAUAGAUGAAGCUGUACAUCAAUUAUUCGGUCUGGCUGAUUAUACUUUGAUUAGGGUUUCAAGGGCAGCAGCAACUGAAGUCGGUGGUUCUGUAUUAUUGAAAAUUGAAACUGCAAUGCCAGGUUAUUCCCAUUUGAAUGAUGAUGAAGAUGAAGAUUUAAAAACAGUUGAAGAAAAUCAAAUAUACAGUGAAGCAAUUGGCUCUAAAGGUGAUCGUCCCUCAACAAUAUUCUUGAAGAAAAAAGUUGCAAGACCAAGAUAUAAAUCUGAUAUGAGAAUUUAUUUGAUUCCUCGUAUAAAUUCAUGUGCAAUAUAUUGUGAAAAGAGAAUGUUUAAAAGAGAUUUGCUAAGAGGAUUUUUGAAUUUGAAAAAGCUUGAUAGAAGUAUUAUUGUUGCAUUCAAUUAUGAAGAAGCAAUUGGUGAGCUAAAGCAAGAAGGUCAUGAAGAAUUAAUUAAAGAUAUGGGUCUUCCAAGUAUAGAAGAAUUCAGCUCAUCAAGUCAUUUACCAGAAGGUUCAGGAUUUCAAACAGCUGCUAAUGAAUUAUCAAUUUCAAAACAAUCUGAAUUACAACACCUUCAACAAUUGCAAAGUCAUCAACAGAAUAAUCAAAUUCAAAACCCACAAUUUCACUUUGCAAAUGAUUUUGGCCAACAACAUCCACCACCACCAUUACCUCAAUCAUCAAUACCCCAAAUGGCACCUCAGCAUCAAAUUGGAAUUCCAAAUACAGAUUCUUUUGUUCCUGGAUAUUAUCCAAGACCAAUAUAUGAUCAAAAUCAACCACAAUUUCAACCACAACCACAACCACAACCACAACAGCCGCUUCAACAGCAAUCACCGCCAUUACAACCUCAACAACAUCCACAUACAAAUUUCAAUGUUCCUCAAGUUCCUCCAGGUCCAGUUUUCCAGCCUUUCCAACAACACCAUCAGUCUUCAACAACACAAUCUUUCCAACCGCAUCAGUUAAUAGUUCCAUCUGUGCAACCUCAACACCAACAAGUGCCAGGGCCUAAUCAACCAUUUCCACAACAAGAGAGUCAGCAACCUCAAGGUAUACCAUAUCAAGGCUUUGGUAAUUAUCCAUAUGCACCAGAUGUACCACCAAAUCAUCAACAACCAUCACAUUUAGAAGGAGGUUUCAUACCAAAUGAUCCUAAUGCAGUCAAUCAACAGCAGUUUGAAGGGAGAGCUAAUAUUCCAUUUCAACAAAACCAGUUACCUGUCUUCAAUAAUCAACAACAACAACAACAACAGAUGUAUCCCCCUCCAACAAUGGGUCAAUAUUAUCCACAACCUCAACAAGAUCCUAAUAAUCAAUAUUUCCAAUAG